CUUUAUUAGUUUGUUACACAUUAAAAUGGACAACUGGAAAAAAGGUCCGAUCAUCGGCCGUGGCUCCUCCGCCACCGUCUCCCUCGCCACCACCGUCAAAGGAGACCGGUUCGCCGUCAAGUCGACAGAGCUCUCCAGCUCAACGUUCUUACAAAAGGAGCAGCAGUUUCUUUCUAAACUAAGUUCCCGUUAUAUAAUCGAGUACAUCGGAUUCGAUGUCGAUUAUGUUGAUCAUGUUCCAAUGUAUAAUCUAUUCAUGGAGUAUGCAACUGGCGGCACUAUUACCGAUGUAAUUCAGAGACACGGGGGGUUUGUUGAUGAGUGUUUGAUCCGAUCUUAUACUCAUCAGAUUCUACUAGGGUUGGAUUAUCUUCAUUCCAAUAAUUUGGUUCAUUGUGAUAUUAAAUGCUCAAAUAUAUUGGUGUGUGAAGAUGGUGUCAAGAUUGGUGAUCUGGGUUGUGCUAAAUUGGUGGAAAAUUGUGGAGAUACAUCCUCUGAAUUUUCUGGUACACCGGUUUUUAUGGCGCCUGAGGUUGCGCGAGGGGAAAAACAGGGGUUUGCGGCUGAUGUGUGGGCUCUUGGGUGUACGGUUAUCGAAAUGGCAACGGGUUGUAACCCGUGGCCAGAGAUGAAGAACCCGGUCUCUGCUUUGUACAGAAUUGGGUAUUCGGGUGAUGUACCGUUGUUUCCGAUGUGGUUAUCGGAUGAAGGUAAAGAUUUCUUGAAAAAAUGUUUGCAACGAAAAGAGGAAGAAAGAUGGACGGUGAAAGAGCUUCUUCAACACCCUUUUGUUAAUAUAAACUCGAGUUCGAAAAGGUUUGAAGAUUUACCAAAAAGUUCGCCAAGUAGUAUACUGGAUCAAGGAUUUUGGGAUUCUUUUGAGGUGACCGAUUCACCGGUUCUGACUCAGUUGGUGAGUUUCUCCGGUGAGUCUCCGGUGAAUAGGAUAAAACAAUUGGUGGAAGCUACUCCGGUGAAUUCGUAUUUGCCAAAGUGGGUUGAUGAAGAAGAUUGGAUCACGGUGAGAUGUGAUCACGUGGAAGAAAAUUCAAAUGUUACCUAUGAGAAUUCAUAUACAGAUUCUGGCAUGGAAGAUGAUAAUAGUGAGUCAACUCGUACAGACUCAGAAUUGUAUGUAGAAGCAGAGUUUUCUGACUCGGUUAGAAUCAUAGUUGAAUCUAUUGUAAUUGAAACUAGUGGUGCAAAUGUUGUUAAUUCAAAAUUUCUUGAUUUCAAGAACAUAAAUAAUGAUAGUUGUUUGCUUGUUGAUUCAAAUCUAAACCUUGCAAUGUGUUCACUAUCCGGUCCAACCGGUUUUAGUUAGCGUAUUCGGCCUAAGCGCUAAAUAC